UCGUCCAGUCGUGCAAACUGCAAGUAAGAAGUUAGUGCAGGCUCGAUCUCUUAGGAUCUGCCACCACCGGUCGCAAUGAAGAGUCUGGCUGAAUUCUGUGUACGUUUCGACAACCCAUAUGCAAUUUAUUACAGCGGGCAGCAAGUAACCGGACGAAUCUACAUACGGCUGGUGAGACCGAAGAGAAUGCGAGGUGGGGAGAUAACACUCCCUCCGGGGGAACAUUACUACCCCUUCAGUCUGAUUCUCCCGCAAACUCUCCCGUCGUCGUUCGAAGGGCAGCUGGGCCACGUGCGGUACAUCUGCAAAGGGCUCGUCCUCCGCCCUUGGAGGUUCGACCACGAGUGCAAGUUCGCCUUCACCGUCUUGAACCCUCUGGACUUGAACUUCGAACCGAAUUUACAGGACCCUCUACAUUCCACCAGAGAAACCUACCUGGGCUGUUGCUGUUGCCGCUCAGGUCCCUUGACGCUUGUAGUGUCCUCGAAACUGCAAGGGUAUGUUCCUGGACAGAAAAUCCAAGCUGUGGUCGAGGUUGACAACCCAACAAAGAAAGAUGUGACAGUAAAAUGCGCUCUAAUUCAGACGUCGACGUUCACGGGCGCGUGGCAGGCGUGCACGCAGACGAAGGCUGUGAACGUCCCCGUGGCGCAGUGCACGCUGGGCCACGUGCCGCGCCGCAGCUCCCGGACGACGCCCGUGGACCUGCAGGUGCCCGCCCUGCCGGCCUCCCACCUCCGCAACUGCAGCACCAUGGACAUCGCC